AUGGCUGAUAUGGCCACUGCCGCAAGGUCUCCGAUCCUCUGGCAGAACCACGACCAAACAGUGACGCUUCUCGAUAUACCAAGAUCGAUCGAGGCAGCACAAGGCACAGAGAAGUAUCCUUGCUCAGAUCAUCUCCUCUCAUGUGAGGCGUUGCAAGUCGCCUUCCCUUCUGACCAGCCGAAGUCUGAUGCAGCAAAGGCGAAGCUAACGAACAACACUGUUGAUCAGAAAUUGCAUGCGGAGUAUGAUACGACGUUAAAGCAGGCGCUUGAAGACAUCGAGCGUCAUUAUGGUGGUCCCUGGUGUUACGAGCGGCCAUGCGUAGCUCGAGGUACGAAGCGAAAACGCACCAGCUCUGAAGCUGGAGUUGACUGUGGUCAAACGAAAGCUGAUCAUGGGACGGACUUACCACAGAUUGUGCUUGAGAAAGUCGUUCAGGGAUCUGGCUGUGUGGCCGUGAAGACUGUAAAGAGUGGAGAUGAUCCGACACUCUCUGACUGCACUUGUGACAACGAUGUUGGUCAAGAUAACUUUCUUACGAACUGUGCGGAGCAGCCCGCUACAUGCCAGGUCAGACACCAAGACCAGAACUACAUCUUCCGCCUGCCACCUAGAUCUUCAGCCUUGCUGGGCGACUGCUCCCAGCCGCGAGAGUUCCAUCGGGCGGUACGCGCACAAGCUUCAGCUCACGAGACGCCAAGACACUUCGACUUCAUCCUCAUGGAUCCACCAUGGCCGAAUCGUUCAGUGCGACGAACACACAAGACUGCAGGCGCCACUUACCAGACUUCGCCAACCAUGAACACUAUGUAUGACUUGAUCGCAGGCAUGGACUUAGACAUGCUCAUGAGCGACGAUUGCCUCGUAAGCAUCUGGACCACCAACAAGCAAGCCGUGCGAGACCUGAUCCUUGGCGAAGGCGGUCUGUUUGAGCAGUGGGGCGUGGAGCUUGAGGAAGAAUGGCUAUGGCUCAAGGUCACAGCCAAGGGUGAGCCUGUGAUGCCGUUCGACAAUGUAUGGAGGAAGCCGUAUGAAGUGCUACUGAUCGGGAGGAGGCAUCGACCUAGCAACGACGUUCCGGAGCCAACCCAGGUGGGCUUGAAACGAAGAGUCCUGGUCGGUGUGCCAGAUCUGCACUCCCGCAAGCCAUGUCUCAAGCAGCUUUUGGAGUCUCUGUUGCCUGAUAGUCCUCGAGUCCUGGAAAUCUUUGCUCGACAUCUUAUGGCUGGGUGGUGGAGCUGGGGCAAUGAGUGCAUCAAGUUCAACUGGGACGGUUACUGGCGCAAAGCACACCACCAUGGCUGA